CUUUUUUUUUUUUUUGGUUUUUUUGGUGGUGGCCAAGAUCCGGCCCACUUCGCUUCUGGCGUCAAAUCUCAGCCGCAUUCCCAAUUUGGUAAUAAGCGGCGGCGCUUCCGUCCCAUUCUCCUUCCCAACCACACCAACGCCAGCAACCUCAACUCAACCUCCACCACCAUCACCGUUCUCGUCAUCAACAUCAACCCCAUCGACACCGUCAAACCAUCUAUAAUCAGCAUUUCAAUCUACCUAUACAAUCGCAGUACCGAUGCGCUGACCUUGCCAGCCCCCCUACAGCUCGCCCUCACAUCCCCACAAUCCACCCUUCCCCUCCUCCACAGACCAUCUCCCUUAUCCAGCCCAAGGGAAACGGCGUCAUCGCACACCUCCAAAUACAAAACCUUCUCGUCGAACUCUUUCAAUAAAGUAAAAGGGAAAAUUAACUUAGACAAAUAACUUACGGUCAGCCACGCCCCUUGCAGGCUUGCGCGCCGUCAACCGCCUUCAAAAAAAAGCCGCGCAAGAAAGGAAACAGAACAGUUACCAAAGGGAAAACAUGUACAAUCCACAUCGUGGCAUGGUUGCCGCUCCUAACUCUCGUUUAACAGAGUUACUGGACCAGCUACGACAGGAAUAUGAGAACCAAUCGCGGAGUACUGGGGAGUUCGAGCAUCAAUUGACUGGUCAGCUCCAGGAGAUGGAGAUGAUCCGGCAAAAGGUUUACCAGUUGGAACAAGCACAGAUAAAAAUGAAGCAAGAAUACGAGGCCGAAAUACGUACCUUGCGACGAGAACUUGAAUCUCGCGGCGUUCAUCUACCUCAGUCCCAUAUUGGAGGCCCGCCAACGCAUGCUGGGCCUUCCCAAGCUCCUCCCCCGGCUCUUGGUCAUGGCCCUGCUAAUCUAUUUGGUGGUAUCAUGGCCAAUCCAGGAGGUGGAGCUCCUGCGCUUGCACCCCCUCCUCCACAGGACCAACAACAGCCACCCCAGCACGCGCUUCAACAGCCCGGGUCCGCUCCCCAAGGACCUCCUCAACCACAGCAAGGUGCGUUUGGAGGAUAUCAGCCCGCCUCAGCAGUCAAUGGAUAUGGACCUCCACCUCCUCCAACUUCUUCUCCAGGCCCAGGAAAAGGCAGAGCCAAUCGCGCGCCCCCUGGCCCUGCGACUCCUCAGCAAAAUCACCAGGUUGCCUACCCUGACCCUCGCGCCUCACCUCAGAUUCCUCGUCCCACCCCCACUAGCCAACAACUGAGCUAUCGCGUUGGAAACACGUUAGCGGAUCUCGACCCCGACAAGCUCCCCCCGAGCCAAAAGAAGGAAGGCGCCGAUUGGUACGCCGUUUUCAACCCUGAGGUUCCGCGCGUUCUGGAUGUCGACCUUGUCCAUCACCUUGUUCAUGAUAGCGUUGUCUGCUGUGUCAGAUUUAGCAAUGACGGCAAAUAUGUUGCUACUGGCUGCAACCACUCUGCGCAGAUCUUUGAUGUUGCGACUGGACAGCUCGUUACCGCUUUGCAGGAUGAAAGUGUGCUUGAUAAAGAUGGAGACCUUUAUAUUCGCAGCGUCUGCUUCAGUCCCGAUGGAAGAUACUUGGCUACUGGGGCGGAGGAUAAACAAAUCAGAGUGUGGGAUAUUGCUAACCGAACCAUAAAACACAUUUUCUCCGGCCACGAGCAAGAUAUUUACUCCCUCGACUUCGCCCGCAAUGGCCGUUACAUCGCAUCCGGCUCCGGUGACAAGACCGUUCGCCUCUGGGAUAUCGUCGAUGGCAAACAGGAACUCAUCCUCAGCAUCGAAGAUGGCGUUACAACCGUCGCCAUUUCCCCUGACGGGCGCUUCGUUGCUGCCGGCUCUCUUGAUAAGAGCGUUCGAGUCUGGGACACGACGACUGGAUAUUUAGUCGAACGCCUGGAGAAUCCUGAUGGACACAUGGACAGUGUUUACUCCGUUGCCUUCGCGCCCAAUGGCAGGGAUCUUGUCUCGGGAAGUCUGGAUAAGACUAUUAAGAUGUGGGAGUUGACGCCGCCCAGGGGCAUGGUUCCUGGGGCGGGUCCGAAGGGCGGCAAGUGUGUUCGGACAUUUGAGGGUCAUAAGGAUUUCGUUCUUAGCGUUUGCUUGACACCCGAUGGACGCUGGGUGAUGAGUGGCUCUAAGGAUCGUGGUGUGCAGUUCUGGGAUCCCGCUACUGGAAAUGCGCAGAUGAUGCUGCAGGGUCAUAAGAAUUCAGUCAUCUCUGUCGCACCGAGCCCAACCGGGAACUUAUUCGCUACUGGGAGCGGUGACAUGCGUGCUAGAAUCUGGAGGUUAAGAUACUGACUGAAAUAAAACCCGCCUAUGACAAUAGCUAUACCAACUGGGAUCGAAGGUCAUAAGCAGUAUUUUUUUUUCCUUUUUCAUCUCGACACGCACCCUUCAAACGGCAACCCAUUCAUGGCACACCUAUACAAACCAACCUAUCCACUCAACCUAUGCAACAUACAAUCCAACAUAAGAUAUACGGUUCAUAGGAAGCAGACCACGCGAACAAGCUAUCGGACACAAUAUAAUGAACUGAAAAUUCUAAGCAAGGGAGACAUUUUUACAAUAUGGAUUACUAUAUAAUUGACUCGCCGUACCCUAUCCUCCCCAUAUCCCCCCUUUUCUUCUAGGAAACCGUCCUAUCCGUCUGCAUACUUUUAUAUCUUUUACCCACCCCUGUCUAGUUUUGGUUUUACAUCUCACUUUCGGGGUGGGGUGUAUUGUGGGGGAGGGAGAGAGUAGGCAAAUGGAAACUGAUAGAGAAGGGAGUUGGUUGUGUGUUGUGAGGUUGUGGAGAGGGGGGAAAUAAAACCGGAAAUUGGAAUGGCAAAGGUGGUUUUCUUUUCUCUCUUUCUUUUGUUUUUUCGUUUUCGCCAAAGGAUCUGGAUGGGUUAUAAAUUUCUUAUCGGGCUUUCUUUUUUCUAUUUUUUUCACGUUUUGUUUUCAUUUCUAUGGUUUAUGUAGUCAUUACCGGGUUUCCUUUUGAUUGAUUUUAUAGCUAUGCUAUCUUCCUUUUUAUUAUUCCCUUUCUCCCUUUCUCCCUUUUUCUUUUUUCUUUUUUUUUAUUGUCAUUCUUAUUAUUCUACACUCCCAACCUUUCUCCCCACCUCUUGGGAAGAGGGCAGCUUUUUGAACUCGUUUUCUGGGAGGGUUGAAUUUUCCAUUUUCAUCAUCCCUUCUUUGCAGAAAGUUGGUAUUGGACGGGUCAAUGAUAUGGAAAUCAAGAUAGGGAGGGCUGGUAAUUCUGUUAUUCAAGUGUUUGUGCCUGCUCCAAAUUGCAAGGUUUUGAUUUUGAAAGUUGGAAAGGCUGAAGGUCGGUUUCUAUUUUAGUAUUUUACCUAUAUUGCAACGACCUACCUACCUGAGCUAGCCUAGGGAAAGGAAAAUAUAUAUAUUUUUAUGAGGAUA